AUGGAGAGACUUUCGUCCAACUCGUUAGAAAGCUCGGCGGCGCUGGUUCAUCCAACAUCGCUGGCUGCUUCCAAGCACAGAUCGGUGGAUUUGCCUGGGAGCGUCUACCUCAUCUCAUCAGAUGGCAAGCUUCUCAAACUUCCUAUUCCGAGCAGUUCUCCGUGGGAUCCACUCAAUUGGAGCCUCACAAAGAGGGCCGGAGUUGUAGCCACAGUUGUCUACUACUCCGCGAUUUCCCUCCUCGCCGUGCAGGCUCCCGGGCCUAUGUUCAAUGCAUACUUCAAAGAGUUCUCGGAACAGCAGCUGCUCAUCACCCUCAUCGACAUCACCUAUAUCCACGAACGACCUCAAGUCAUGGCCAUAUACUGGGGGUUUGGCGCCAGCCUCACUCUCAUUCUGCUCUUUCUGUUGCCGCUCAUGACAGACGUGAACAACAACUGGCGGCCCUUUUACCAAGUUUGGACAGUUCCCACCUUCAUCGCGGUUGUUCUCGUCUAUCUCUUUGUCCCAGAGACGUACUUCGUACGCCCACCCAUUGCCUUUGACGGACGCAUACUAGUGCAGUCUGGGUCCGAAAAGGUCAGAGUGUACGAGGACUGGAGAGAAGUACCCGGCGGGAAGCCUCUGCCAAAUACGCCAGCUCCGUCUGCCUUCAUGCUUUUUUGGAAGCAACGCCGCAUAUUUCGCCGGAACAUGGACUGGAAAGCCAUGGGUGCUUGCUAUCCACAAAUCUUCCUUUGUCUCUGCAACCCGCUCGUCUUCUGGGUCGCGGUCCUGAAUGCCAUCAACUUCGGUGGCAUGAUGUCGAUUGGCGUAACCUUCCCCAUCAUUCUCAGCCAGCCCCCGUAUUCACUUUCAGCCCGUCUGAUCAGCUUUGUCAGUCUUGCUGCUGCCGCCGGCGCAUUGUUGGCUUGGCCAGCCUCGUCGAUCGUCCUCAAUCGUGUCACCAAAAGACUCACUCUGCGCAACAAGGGCGUUCGGCAUGCCGAGUACUAUCUCCCUGCCUUCCUGUUGCCUAUUAUGAGCAGUGCUGCCAGCGUUCUCCUCUACGGGUUUGCCGUUGAAAGGGGUUGGCCAGCUGGAUGGACGUAUCUGGCAUACGCUCUCAACACCUUCGGCUCUAUCGGUGCCGGCAUCGCCAAUACAAUGUGGGUCACAGAGGCCUUCCCAAAGUGGGCUGCUGCAGCACUCACAGUUGUUGGAGGCGUCAGCUACAUUGCCAGCUGGGGAAUCAGCUCUGUCAUUCCCCUCUGGUUGAAGUCCCAGGGAUAUCUGAAGAUGAACAUUGAGAUCGGCCUAGCCAUGCUGCUAGUCGGAUUCGUGGGAGUUCCGGUCGCCUUUUGGGGCAAGAAUGUACGGCAAUUCUUGGAUGGAAGAUGGGUGCGACGGCGCCCGGCCCAGAUGCUCAAACUGCAGCGCUCGAGAUCAGCUGACGUCUCUCAGCCAGCAAGAGGCAGUAAGCGGAAGCGCGCUGCCGACCCGGAGCUGUACGCAGAGCUUUUCAACUUGCUCAAGGCUAUGAGUGAUAGCGAAAGCCUGGAGGUUCUUGACCGGGUGCGACAAGGCGACGAUAUCUCCGACAUUGUCGGCCAGGUCAAGGAUGGCAACCUGCUGUUGCAACUUUCCCUCGUUCCCGAAGUCAGACGACAUUACGAAAUCCCAUACCUCCCUGGAUUCCCUUCCUUUCUCAAGGACAGGCCCAAUCCUUACCUUGAGGCGUUAUUCUAUGACACAGCAACUAUCGGCGUAACCCGUAGUGGCACAAACUUGCAGGCCAACAUUCCUGUUGCAAGCGUUGAUUGUGCAGAGCAGGCUCCAUACCUCACUCCUUACUCCGUGGCAGAGAUAGUCGACCCCAAUCUCUGGAACGUGACGACGAACAAAUGGACUUCGGUUAUACAUGAUGACCAGCUUCUGCGAAAGCUUCUUCAUUCGUACUUUCUCAAUCAAUACCCCACAUUCUUCCCCUUUCAGAAAGACUACUUCCUCCAAGAUAUGGCCACCGGGCGCCAGCGCUUCUGCUCCCCACUGCUCGUAAACGCUAUUCUGGCCGCAGCCUGUCACUCCUACAACGAGAUUCAGGACAGGGUCAAGUUCUGGAUUCCACAAAAUCUGGGUUACCGGUUCUUCGCUGAGGCCAAGGGGCUCUGGGAACUGCAAAUCGGCCAAAGCAGCCUCACUGCUAUCCAAGCAGCUGUCGUACUGAAUACCAUCUCUAAUGGAGAUGGUAUGGACAAAGUCGGGAGGAUGUACAUGCUGCAAGCCGCGGCAAUGGCCCAUGACAUGGGCCUUUUCACAUCUUCCGCCGACAUCAAAAGCACCAAAUUGCGGAGGGCCAGGGAGUUUACGGCUUGGGGUCUACUCUGCUGGGACUCAAUGGAGAGUUUCUGCUUCCAUCGAGAGCCUUUGUUCAAACUACCCCCUACUGUAUUCCCGCCAGAUCCUGCAGAAGAUCCAACCUGGUAUGGAGAGAUUUGGGUGAGAUACCCUCUGAAUACCUCUCUCUCCCGCACUCACUUUGGCCUGAACACGAAAGCAAUGAUGGAUCUCCGAUUCAUUCUAUUCGAGAUUGCACAUGCGUACUUUGGCUCUUCCAACUCGGACCGCAGUGUACCGGCCGCUGACCAGAUUCUCUGGUUCCGAUCGCGGCUCGAUGCUUGGUUCCAUAGUCUUCCAGGUCCCUUGACUCACACAAAGAUCAUGCUGCCGAGUCAUCUCAAGACCCACAUGGAGUACUUCGAAAGCUCCGACGUGUUUAUGGUCAAUUUUCUCGUUUUCCUUGGUGGCGCGAUGCUUGAGCGGCUCGCUACAGACUUCCCAGCCCAAGUUGAGGAAACCUACAGAUCGACCCUCAUCCUCUGUGUCAAGGCGCUGCAUGCCCAGGGGGCAUCCACUUACAUCUGUCAGGCUUCAUACUACGUCCUGCGCAACCGUAUGAGGGUACAGGACCGCGACUUACUCCUGACGUAUGUGAAGGAGACCCCUAACAAGGAUGAGGAACUGAUCGCCAGGCAUACCCGGGCCAACUGGGUGAUGCCCAUCGUUAAAAUACACGAUGAUCCGAAGACCGCGAUUUUGGAUAAUAUUCUCAAGGAAUACGAAAAGCUGUCUCUUGAGUCUGGAGAAAGUGAUGGUUCCACGUUGGAUCUUUGA